CAGAACCGAGUUAUAUAUUAUUGUGGGGCGGGGAGCUAAAAGACUAAAAUUGUUUAUAAUACAAUGUAAUAAACAUCACUCUUUGGUUUGCAGUAUGUCUACUAGUGUAGUCCAGGGCCGGAGUGGGCCCCUUUUUCAGCCCGGGAGUUUCAUGCCCAAACCCGGCCCACUUUUUCCACGGAGGAAAAAUUUGAAUAAAUGAAACAGCAGCUAGCUCUUACAAUGACUUUUUAUUGGGUAUAAGUUCAGGUAUAUGUUGUAGAACAUGGCCAGACAGGUCGUGUCCCCCAUACUUUCAGUUCAUCCGCUACGUUGCCUUGUGGAUGAAAUGUUCGAGGUAGAGGUUAAGCAUUUACCCCCUGCUCAUCAGUGUACUCUGCAUUCACUUAUUCAUUCUGAGGAUGGAGACUUUUGGGAAGCUUAUGGACACUACAUCAGUGAUGCAUCAGGGACUGCCAAAGUAUCUACAAAUGCCAGUCUUGGUGGAUCUUACAGUGGAGUUGAACCCAUGGGUUUACUCUGGAGUAUGAAACCUGUUCCUGGAAGCAGACCAGGCCUCAGAUUUCGCAAAAAGGAUGUCUACAAGCCGACAGAUGUGAAAAUAUCUGUUUAUGAGGGCCACCUAACUAAAGGAUUCCAGGAGAAAUCUCCCUUAGCCUCUGUUGUGGCAGAGCGGUGGUACACAACUCCUGGAAUCAGAAGGGUUGAUGUCACAGAGAAAGGAUUAAAGGGGACCCUUUUCAUCCCCCCAGGUCCCGGUCCUUUUCCUGGCAUACUGGACCUCUGGGGUGGAGGAGGAGGCCUAGUGGAGUAUCGCUCUGCUCUCCUAGCCUCCCGAGGCUAUGUCUCUUUUUCUUUAGAGUAUAUUGGGAGAGUGGAUACUAAUGGACGACCCUACAAUGUGGACAAUGAAUACUUUGAGGCUGCCUACACUGUGCUAAACCAGCACCCCCAGGUCUGCCCAGAAAGAGUUGCUGUGCUGGGUUUGUCUUUUGGUGUGUCUGUGGCCCUGGGUAUGGCAGCAUACUCCUCAGUGAUACAGCCCCGGUGUGUGGUCUGUGUUAGCGGAAGCCAUGUUAUGCCUGUAAAUGGAUCACUGGCUGAUGUCUUUUCUGCAAUCAAAAAAAAUGUCAAGAACACUCGUUAUGAUGACCAAAAGAGAAUCAUCUGGCGAGAUCUACUGCUACCAAUACCAGAUGACCCUUCAAAGAAAGUUGAAAUGGGUCGUAUAAAAUGUCCUGUUUUAUUGAUUGUUGGUGAAGAUGAUCAGAACUGGCCAGCAUCAGAGUCUGCAGAGGAUAUGAAGCAGAUGAUGGAUAAAGCUGGAAAUAGUCACCUGUUAACUAUCCUCUCUUACCCUGGAGCCGGCCAUCUGAUUGAGCCCCCCUACAGUCCUCACACACGUUCCAGUAACUUUAAGCUGUUAGAAGCUAGGACUACAGUGGUGGUGCUUUGGGGUGGACAGAUGGAGCCUCAUAGUCAAGUUCAGGAAGACUCUUGGCACAAAACUUUGGCUUUUCUGGAGCAGCACCUUUACAAACCUUAAGCAAACCAAAUGCUCUGUAAAUCACAUUGCCAUCUGAAGCAUGUGUGUCUGUGUAUAUAAACACAGUGCCUUGUUAAGUAUUUAACCCUCCUCUGAUUUUUUGUAUAAACCUAUAAAGAACAAUUUGUUAAAGUGGUUAAAAAUAAUAAAUACUUCGUAGAACCACCUUUGCCUCCAGUUAAGCAUCUCCUUUGGGGUCAAACUCUACCAGCUGCCUUGUCUUGUCUUGUGUCUGUAUCUGUUACUGUAUUGAGUCAAAUUGAUAAACAACAAUUUUCAAGUCAGUCAGAUGCUAAUACUCCCAUCAGCAAGCAAUACUAUGGUGAAUUACUACACAUAGCAUUUCUGUCAAAGACCAAAUUUUUUAUGUUGGCUUUUGGCUAUCUGAAAAGUGCAUUGUGUAUGUUUUACUUGUAACGUUUCUCAGUCAUAUCUAUCUAAAGAAGCUCAUCCAUGCUUUUAUCUCCAGUAGGGUGGACUAUUGUAAUGGUCUCUUAACUGGACUUCCCAAAAAGACCAUUAAACAGUUACAGCUCAUUCAGAACGCUGCUGCUAGAGUUUUAACUAAGACGAAGAGAACUGAGCACAUCACUCCAGUUCUAAAAUCUCUACACUGGCUUCCGGUUAGUUACAGAAUAGAAUUUAAAGUGCUGCUACUGGUCUAUAAAUCACUGAAUGGGUUCGGCCCAGAAUACAUCUCAGAAAUGUUUAGAGAAUAUAAACUCUUAGAUCCAUGGACUCAGGUCAGCUAGUUGAGCCCAGAGUCCAAACUAAACACGGUGAAGCAGCAUUUAGCUGUUGGGCUGCAUAUAACUGGAACAGACUGCCAGGAGAUAUUAGAUGUUCCGCAAAUGUAGAAAUGUUUAAAUCCAGGUUAAAAACUUUUCUUUUUUCUUGUGCCUAUGAUUGAGCUCGACAUUUUUGCUAUUACCCUAUUUCUUUUAGUUUUUCAUGCUCUUAAUAAUUCUUUUUAUAGAGUAUUGUACUUUCUAAAUUGUAGUGUAUAUUUUACUAUAUUUUCUUUUAGUUUUCAUGUUUUAAUUGCUUAUCUCUCUUGUUUUAAUUUCGUAUUUUCCAAAUUGUAGGGUAUAUUUUACAAUAUUUUCUUUUAAUUUUUCACGUUCUUAAUUUUGUAUCUCUCUCGUUUGAAUUUCAUAUUCUCUUAAUUGUAACUAAAUGUUUGCAAGAUGUCUUUCUGAGAUUCUAGAUCUCAGGAAUGUUUUAAUGCUUUUAAUUAAUUUUUUUUCCUUAUGUAAAGCACUUUGAAUUGCCACUGUGUAUGAAAGGUGCUAUACAAAUAAACUUGCCUUGCCUAAACACUUAA